CCACUCAGACAACACCGACCGUCCCGAGUGUGGGGCUCGCAGUCUCCGUCUCGAGUUCGAUACGAGCCUUCUCCUCCACACCGUCCAGUGUCCAGCUAUAUUUCGAUCCCACACACCGACUCUUCCUACCUAAGGAAUGGAGUUGAAAGUUUGGGUCGACGGAGUUCAGAGGGUCAUCUGCGGGGUCAGUGAAAAUACCAGCUGCCAGGAGGUGGUGAUCGCACUGGCACAGUCCAUGGGUAAAACGGGUCGUUAUAUCCUUAAGGAGAAGUUCAAGGAGUUUGAACGAAACAUCAGUCCAGAGGAGAAGCUGCUGGAGUCCCUCAACAAAUACGGGCAGCAGGCCAACGAGGUUCACCUCAUCCUUAACUACAAUGGGCCAUCAGCCAGAGAGAAGCCUGCAGCCCACAUACUUCGUGGUCAGUCAUGUCCCGAUAACAGGCUGCACAGACAGAGCCUGCCACCGCAGGCAAGGAUGAAGAUUGGGACAGAAUCCACAAAAGACUCCAAAAAGCCCAAGAGGAAGUCCCUCACUUUUGCAGAGGAAGCCAAGGAGUGGAUUGAAUCCUUCAGUAAAGCGAAAUUCAACUGCGUGAAGGCAAAGUCUAAGGAGGUCGGAAAGAGAAAUUCUACUCUCGUUAGUCAGCCUUUGGGGGAAACGGUCCAUGCAUCCCAUCAGCCUGAAGACUUGGACCUUAAGGAUGUUAAGGAAGAAGAGGAUCCAUCAUUAUCAUCCUGUUCCAAAGAUGUUGUGGAGGAACUACACCAACUGCUGAGAUGUCAGAAAGCCCAGAUGGAAGAACUGCAGGCCAUGCUGGCUGCCACCGAAGAAGAACUAAAAGCUCUGAAGGAGCAAGAAGAGCUUGAGGCAGAAAUUUCCCAGCUCCAGCAUAUUGUGGACAACCAGACCCCUGAAGUGGAGGAACUGGAAUACUGGGAGAAUGAGCUGCGAGCUGAGGAGGUCCACGAGAAGGACCUGCAAGAAACUUUCUUGGAGAUGAAAUGGAAGGUCCAAGAAUGCAAACUCGAGCUAGAAGAAUACCGACAUCGGAUUCAGGGGCUGAACCCACGUAACAGGUCACUGGGAGACUCUGGAGACAAUCCCCAGGAGAAAAUGGUCCACCCGAUGGGCAAGGGCCAAGACAGAGACAGUUGGGUAAGUACAAUGGACCUUGCCCGGGUACCAGUGCAAGAAACCGGUAAGAAAAUGCAGGUCCUGGAGACAAGUUGUGGGACCGAGUCCUUGGACCGACCUGCUGGGUCCCCCUUCACCAAGGCCUUCCGCUACAGCGAUACCAGCUUUACAAUUGGGCCUCUAAAAGAGUGGGAGAAACUCUGGUCUAAGGCCACGAGCUCCCUGGAGACUUUCCACCGGGGCAGCACCAUCGUCUGACCGACUGACGUGCAGAGUGAAGGUCUGAACUGUCCAACAUAGAGGAAGCACUUGGGUUGUGUAAAGACAUGAAAUAUCAGACUGCCGUGUCCUUCGUGAGGUGGAAUCCUUAAAACAAUUUGAGGUGGUCUUAACAUGUCAGCACAUUACACACUGAGCGUGCCCAAAAUGCUCUCCAAAGGUGCUGGUGAACUAUUAAAAAGAAGAUGUUGUUGCUGUUCAUUAGUCCCCACGUUCUGGACUAGAUGGUAGACAAAGGUGGGAUCUUCUCCUUAUUACUACCCUGAUCUGCCUACUCACUUGUGUCUCCGAUCUUUGGGGAAGCAACAUGUUCUGAGCGUCCUUCUUCUCAAAGCAUUCAUUUACAAAGCAGUUCUUGAAACUUGACUUUUAUUUAGUUGAAAACUUUUUGUUCCAUAAAUUCACAACAAGCAAAGUAAAGGAGGCUUUCUGAAAUGUUGUGAACGCUCCCUUUGUACCCCUUGCUUAGUUAAGUGUUGACAAAAGACAAACAGUAGAUGUAAACAGUGCCAGCAGAUAGAGGGAAUGUUCCUGAAUAAUAAUAAUAAUAGUAAAAAAAACA